AAAUGGCUGCCAAGGCGCUCCUUGAAGAGAACCGCUCUGGGCCACGCCUUUGAUCUCGUUGGUGAGGCCGGGAGGAAUGAGAGCUGCAGCGCGCGGGACAAGUCGCCGGCGGCGCCCGUCGGAGCAGAAGAAGCGAGAACAUGGAGCUGGAGAGGAUCGUCAGCGCAGCAUUGCUUCACUUUGUCCAGCUGCAUCUCCCAGAGGCUGAUCUCAGUGGCUUGGAUGAGGUCAUUUUCUCCUAUGUGCUCGGGGUCCUGGAGGACAUGGGCCCCACCGGCCUUUCAGAGGAGAACUUCGACAUGGACGCCUUCAUCGAGAUGAUGGAGGCCUACGUGCCAGGCUUUGCGAACAUCCCCAGAGGGACAAUAGGAGAUAUGAUGCAGAAAUUGUCAGAGCAGCUCAGUGGUGCCAAGAACAAAGAGAACCUGCACCCACAGAACUCUGAGGUCCAAGGUCAGGUGCCCAUCUCCCCAGAACCCCCACAGAGGCCUGAAAAACUCAAAGAAGAACCUAGGUCUUCUCUUGUCGCUACUGGGGACACCCACGAUGAGGUGACUGAGACUGAGGAAGACCUGCUUCCAGGAGUGGAUGUUCUCCUGGAGGUCUUCCCGAACUGUUCAGUGGAGCAGGCCCAGUGGGUGCUUGCCAGAGCUCGGGGGGACUUGGAAGAGGCUGUGCAGAUGCUAGUAGAGGGGAAAGAAGGGCCUCCAGCCUGGGAUGGCCACAGACAGGAUCCGCCCAGACGCCUCAAAGGCCCCCAGAAGGAUGAACUGAAGUCUUUCAUCCUGCAAAAGUACAUGAUGGUGGAUAGCACAGAGGAUGAGAAGGUGCACCGGCCUAUGGCACCCAAAGAGGCGCCCAAGAAGCUGAUCCGAUACAUUGACAACCAGGUCGUGAGCACCAAAGGGGAGCGAUUCAAAGAUGUGCGAAACCCAGAGACUGAAGAGAUGAAGGCUACAUAUAUCAACCUCAAGCCAGCCAGGAAGUAUCGCUUCCACUGAGGCAGCCUUUGCACCAGCCUUUCUAGGCUCAGACCCCAGAGGGAUGCAGGAGCCCUAAACUCCCCACAGGGCCCACCCAACUCCAGCCCCCGUCUCCACGAUUUUACUCUCUUCUUGGAGCUGCCCAAGGACAUAUAAUAAAGGUGGCCCCAGGAAA